AUGAACUGUGCCAAUGAUGAGAACUUUGAGCAAUACCGUUACCGAUUCACGAUAAAAGGCUUGUCAGACGAGUUGCACGAGCUUAUUGAUCAUUAUGGAGCCUCCUUCGCCAGAGAUUCUGGACCAGUCAUGCCUUUUGUCCCCCUCACUCAUGACUCUCAACAGGAGUGGCCUGACGCGUCAACCGGCAUUGAAAUCAGCUUUGACGGCUUUGAGAACAUGUGCAAGAACAGUCCCAAGGCUCUCUUUCAGGAGAUGAAACUUUGCACCUUCGUUGCGAUGGGAUAUAAAGACCUCAUCAGAGACUUACACGACGUCCUUAAGACCAACGAUCUUAACCUUGCGGUUAUUUGCGAGCACGCCAUUGCCUUUGCUGAUGCUCUGACCAAGACCAAUGAUACGAUUGCCACCCUUCGCAACAAGAACGCUCACAACAAUGACAGAGGAGUCCCUGUUCGCUCUGCCAAUCGUCUGACAGAGGACCAGCAGCUGACUGAGUAA